AUGGCGAUAUGCUUGAGCUUUUGUCCAGUCAUGGCAGUAAUCUCUUCCGAAUCUCGCGAGCCUUCCUACUUCAGGGUCCAUCUUCACCCCACUUUGCCCUCAGGAAUUCCAUUCUUCCCUUGCGCUUGCAAAAGUUGCUCUGCGAUAGUUACUUCAGCUACAUUUCAACACAAGUCUUGA